AGACAAUUCAAACAGUCGAGCCUUGUUCUAUUGUUGAGGCCAAAUACUUUAUCAGCAUCGAACAUCUGUUAUUUGUUAUCCAAGUAAUGUAAGCAGAAAAUAGCAAUUUGAGCUGCAGAGCAAUUUGCCUUUUGUAGAAAGUUUGCAAAGUGAUUUAAUUUGUAACGAGAAGAGCUCCACCGGUCGCUGGUAGAUUUAUAAGCCCUCGGAUUAUUGGAAUGUGUUCUGAAGCAAACGCAAGGAUGAUGGCCUAGUGUCACGACUAAUGACUUUUGCAGUGAAGGAAUUCUCGUGAUUUUUUUUAUUGAUUGUUACACCCAUGCUUAUUCGAUAUAGUGAAUCACAAUGUGAAGUCGUGGAUGAAAUAGUGUAUUUGCAAAGACCCUAUUAAUGCAAGAACAUCAAGGGAUACCGUUAUAAGACCUCAAACUGGGAUAAUUGUAUCUGGUAGGACCUCAGUCAGUGGCAAUUACAGAAACCCAUAAAUGGCAGGCUUAUACUUGGAUAUUUAAACAUGUUCCCUAGCUACGGCGCAUCGUCAAUAUCAUCAUCUGCAGCAGUUCUCAAUGUUUUUGCAAAAAGCUCAAGUCCGCUCCCACCUCACAAAUCUGGAGAGAGACACGUCAAAAAAGAGAUGACCCUUAAACAGACGAAUUCGAGCCCGGAUAAAGUUUCGUCGAAAGCUAGAGAUCAACGGGCAGCCUUACCAAUAUCAACAUUGACUUCAAGCAGAGCAUCCUCGCAGGGGCCUGCGGGCUGCGACUGUGAAGACAGAGACAUGGUCUUCAUGAAUUCUACGAAGAACAACGAGACGGCUGUAAUACCGAACACUUCUGAAGGCAUUUUUACCGACUCAGAUAUUCAUGACAUUUUGAAGCCAAGCAAGUCAGAUCCGGGAAAUAAAAACACAUCGUCGCCUGCCCUUCUCGUCAAUGGCUCGACAUCGCCUAAGAGACUCUCGCGAUCUAGUCGAGAGUCAGUUGGUUCGUCCUGCUCUGAAGGUCAACUCGAGCUGAACAAAUCCAGUUCGUCUUUAUCGCCUUUGCCAAAACUGCUGGAGAGCCUGUCUCCUGCUGAACGGGCCUCGAUGACACGACCCCAGAUUGUUGCCCAAGAGAUCUUGAUAACCGAGCGGAUUUAUGUCAGGGAUUUGCAAGAAGUAAUCGAGGGCUAUCUCAUCCAUCUCUUGCAUCAUGGCAUGACCGAUGUUGAUAUCGAAACAAUUUUCGGAAAUCUGGAGGAGAUUUAUGAUUUUAACAAAGGUAUUUUGGAAGAUCUCGAGAAAAUUGAGGACAGCAGAGACCCAGUUCUUAUUUCACAAUGUUUCCUGAACAAGGCCCACGGUUUCAACUCUCUUUACGUUCAGUACUGUACGAAUUAUCCAGAGUCCGCUGCCUUCCUGACGGAAAUCCUAAAAGACAAGGAAAUAUCAGAUUUCUUUGCAGAACGACAAAAGGCAUCUGGCCACACUUUGCCAAUUGACAGCUACCUGAUGAAGCCAGUGCAGCGUAUUCUAAAGUACCACCUGUUAUUCAAGGAUAUGGCAAAGCAUUUUAGGCAGGAAGAAGAUGGCUAUGAAAUUGUACUUACUGCGGCAGCAACAAUGACAGACGUAGCCGAGUAUAUCAAUGAAGUGAAGCGCCUGCAUGAAAAUGCACUCAGGGUGCAGGAAAUACUUGGCAGCAUUGAAGACCUUGAGGGUCUUGACGUAUUUACCACUGGAAGACUUGUCCUUGAGAACUGCUUCCGGGUUCAUGGAUCAAGAGGCGAAAAGCAGCUCUAUCUCUUUGAGAAGCUUCUUCUGAUAUGCAAGAAAAUGGACGAAGGCAUGUUUCAGUUUCGAGAUGGAUUGUCGUGCUCAAACAUGAUGCUGGUUGAAUCAAUCCCAAAAGAACCGCUAUGCUUCCAGCUUAUUCGUUUCGAUAACCAGAAGAUUUCCUACACAAUACAAGCAAAAAAUGUUGAUAUCAAAAGGGAUUGGAUGAUGCAGUUAAAAAGACUGAUAUUGGAAACACAUUCUGCCAUGAUUCCCAACACAGCAAGAGAAGCCAUUUUAGGAAGAAGUGAAAAUGUCAGAGAAAGUAAAUACAGCUCAAUUAAUUUGCAAGCUCUUGAUGAUACAAGAAUACACUGGCGACGUCAACGACCUCUUUCCAAUUCAGGCAAAGAGAAUCACCAUAAGGACAGAAGUUCAUUGCUUGUUGGAGUUAAGAGGGAAAGUGUCUUAAAAGAAGACUCCACAAAUAUCCCUAAGAAAACUUUAAAUACGAAAGCAAAGGAGUUUCUUGAUAAGCAAACCAAGGAAACAGCUGAGAAAGUGAAGGCAUGGAAGUUGAAACGAAGCAAACCGCGAAAAGCUGAUGGAAAUACAUCAUUUGAAAACGAGCUGCCUGGCAAAAAGAGCAUGCCGCCAGCAAGAGAGGUACUGCCACCUUCUGCCAUGGUCAAGUCAAGAAGCUUAGAGUCUCUACGCGAUGCUAUUAGUAGCUCACAAGAAGAAGUAACAAGCAAUUCCAACAUACCUGCAGAGAACGAGAAGUCACAAGAGGCAUCUGAACAAAUUCGACGGCUAAGCAUACUACAUGACCUCGUAUCAAUCGAAACACCUGAUUCCGAGGCAGACAACAAACAAAACGCCGAUGAGGCGCAAGAUACGCCAAGAUCUGUCCGAGAACUUCGACGAAAACACGCUAGCAAAUCGGUUUAUAUCGACAGUGCUGACGACCCGAUAAGACCCGGCGAUCUGAAACGAUCUCGUCCGGUUUCUUUACCUCCGGGAGUAACGUUAGAGGACGCAAAUCAAAUCGUAAAUUUUUAUGAAACUGAUUUUGACACUUUGGAAAGGACUUGUAACGAGUUGAGAAAGUACGGUCUUACCAGAACCCGCAGCUUUAAUCGUAAACAUCGUGUAGGCAGUGUGAAUCUAUCUGAAAGCACGCAUUCUGUAAGUGCGCCAAAAGAUGAUAGUGACAAACGAACCCCGCCUGCCAAUGAGAACGAAGCAGACAAAUUCGAAAUGCUCGAGAAACGGCUUUCUAUCAUAUCAGAUGACGAAAACACAACUUCGUGUAUAAAAAAUACUUUGCGAAAAGUCAGCCAAGCGUUCAGUUCGUAUGGCAGCGAGCAUGCUUUAGAUACGAUGCGGGCACCAUCUACAAGUACAUCGAGCCUAACCGCAGACAUCGAUGCGUUUCUCGCGCAGGAUGAUGUAUGGAAGUACAAUUCCCACCCGCGCUCUAAGCGCAGAAGUCUAGGCUCGAUUAUAUCGGAAACAAUCAAUCCUAGUGUACACAGUAGCUUAGAUGAUGCUAAAAAGAGAGCUUUUAGCACAUCAGUUAUCAACGAAGUCAGUCUCGAUACAAUGGAAGAGGAACUAAGUAUAACAGAACAAACCAUUGAAAGAAAUCUAUCUGCUUUAGAAAGAGAUUCGGCGAUAAGCGUGAAGCAGCGAAUAAACGCAUAUGCCACAAAACUAAGAAAUGAAAGCUCGAUGGAAAAUAUUGAAGAGAUCUCGAGGGUGCAGCAGAGGAGGAGCAGUGAUGUCUCUGAAAUGUCGCUAGACAGUCAAUACUCUAAUGAAGCCAUCGAAUUUGCUGCAUCAAGGCUUAGUCCAAUGGAACUAGCUGCGGGGUCUGAUGGUGGAACUAAAGACAAUGAGUUGUGUGAAGGAGUUAGUACUAAUCAGUCAGUGUUGGUUUUACCUGCAAGUAAGGGAAAUUGCAAUGAGAGCGCGAUUGCGAGCACAGACGACAUAGCCGAGGAUGAAUCUGACGUCACUAUACCUAAGCGACCAGCCGCCCCGUCGUCGCUGAAUUACGUAAGAUCCUUCGCAGCAUCGAUACGCCGAUACCGUAAAAAUAACGUUGAAAUCAAAGAAUCGAAAAGUGUUUACGAAAGAAUACGGGAGUAUACGGCGUUGGUGAGUAAAGAGAAAAAUGAACAAAAAGUGAAAACAAUGGACGAAAUGCUUGAAUCUCUCGACUCGGCGAAUUUACCAGUUUCUGAAAAAUACAUUUAUAACAGACGAAAAUUUACUCGAAUGGUGUCGGUAGCAAGCGAAAAAGAGUCGCCUGCUGAUUCAGUAUUGAAUGAUCCACAUGUCUGGUUUGAUACGCAGCACAGCGGCACAAACGAGCAAAAGUCGUCGAAUGUGCAUCGUGAAAAAAACAAAGAUCACAGUAAACCAAGUACGAAGAAAGAUGGGUCAAAAUCGGGCAGCAAAUCAAACGUUCAAUUUGCAAAUUCGGGAAGUAGCAAGGAAGGUAUUGAUGUGCGGCCGUUUGCUGGGAUAUCUAGUGUUUUGAGCAGCUGGAGAACCAAAGAAUCCAACACGUUGCCGAGAUGUAAAGCAGAGAGAGGACAAAAUUCGAAAACGAACAGCCAUAACACUGUUGGCAGCUCAAAGGCAGACUGGAGUAAGGUUAGGAGCCAAACUGUCAAUGAAAAGCCACUGGUGAGUGGCAUCAGCAAUAACUUGGAACCCGAACCAUCAGUUCGAGAUACGCGUAAUUCGUCUGUUCCAACGACAAAUCAGAUUACGACUGAAACUGAGGAUUCGAAUGAGAAUAUCGUCGUCGUAAAGGACCUUGUUAAACAGUACCACCAGCAAGUUAUAGUCCCAGGGGAGAAGGAAGUGGAAGAAAUGAAGGAAAGCAAGUUAAGACGAAGUAAGAAGAAAAAAGAGAAGGAAAAGAUGAAGGUACAACUGCAAAGAAAAUUGAGUUUGAGGAACCUUGAUGUCGAGGAAGAAGGAAAAAGUAAAAAUAAAUUAAAUAGAUCGGUGUCAUAUGAAAGCGUUCAGAGGGGAACAGUCAAACAGCUAAUAUCGCUUUUUAAUGUUUCAAAAUAAUGUUUUAGAAUAAUCGGUAGGCCAACAGAUUCUGCAUGUUUUCUUUCAGUGUUCCGAAUAAUUAGAAUUUCUUUACUGUUCAAUUCUCGACUGUAGUUUAUCCCUUUUAUAUUGGCUGUAAAAUCGGGUAGGUCGUCUCUUGAGCGUUACUCUUUUCGUCAAAAUGGCAAAUUCUUUAUUCGACCCCACUGAUAAGAUUCAAGAAAAAGUAAACCUGCUAUUUGAAGCUCUAAUUUUAUUUAUCAAUGCUUUCUUGCAUAACGUUUUUCAACCACGUGCAUUUAUGUCUGCGCUGAAAUGAUUUUAUUUUCUGCGCAUUGCAUUUCCCAGAUUUACCAGAAAAACCCAGCUUCAGCCUUUCAUAUUCACUUUAAAGAAAUUACUUAUAUAAUUUGGUAAUUAUGAAUUUCGACCCAUGAGAAACUGCUCAGGUAUUUAUAGAUGCAAAAGGAAAAUCUGUUGUUAUUUUGGCUCAAAGUUUUCAAAUGAAAAUUUGAUUUCUAGCUUUCUCCCAAGAUUUCAUGUGUUUUCUAUAAAGCUCUAUGCGAGCACCAUCGUUUCAUAAAGUCCACAGAUCUUGAUAUCAAUUUGAAGUAGCUCUUCUUGUUUUUUCGAGUGUAUGCAAGUUUAUAUAGAUGGUAUCUUUGCAGAGCUAACAAAUUUGUAGAAUAAUCCAAUCUAUAAUUGUUCUUAUGUUGAAUUUGAAGAAGGUUAGGGAUGGCAAGACAGAAACAAUAAUUAGUUAUGAUAAUUAAAAGCUGUCAAAGAAUGUGUCUUGUUGUUAUUAUUAACUUUAGUAUUUUUGCAUCCAUUUUUAAGAUCGAGAUUCACUAGUACUAGCUUUCUAUGUAAUCUUGUGAUGGAGGUGAUUUCUAGGAUUUCGAAGACGGUUUUUCAACCCACUCUUGCACCUUACCUUGCUAGGAGCAUCCUUAUCUCCUUUGAAAACCCGCAACAAAUAUAUCCAGUCCCUGAAUCUUUUUUCCAAACAAUUCAUUAUGUGAUUUGUUAAGAUUGUCUUCGCCGAUUUUCCUCUUCAGAGUUCAUACUAAUAAAAGCCGGAAUUCGUAUGUUUCUACACGCAGAAUCACUCAUUUUACAAUUGGUAAUUUUUAUAUGUGAAAUUUGUAUCCAUUGUUGAUAACGCGUUUGUAAGCAGAGAAAUUUUGUAAGUAAUUCUUGUAAGUAAUAACUAUAUGUCCAGUGUUGAACACGUUAUGUAGUAUUAAAAUAAUUUAUUUCUAGCUAUUUUCUAGUACACAUACUGUAAUUCCGUAGAUAUGCGUUUUUUAAGUCAAAUUUGCAUCAAGUCUAAACAACCUGAA